AUGGGAAAAAAGAGGGAUGCAUUUUGGGAUCAUGUUGAACAAUUACAAGGUCAUUUCAUGUGUAAGUAUUGUAACUUAAACUAUCCUGGAGGUAUUUCAAGAGUCAAAUCACACUUAUCUGGGGUAAAAGGUAAAGACAUUGAAAUUUGUUUAAAAGUACCUCAAGAGGUUCAAGCAGCUGCAUUUUUAGCAAUUGGUGGUUCGAACAAAAAAAUUAAGACUACAGUUACUCCAAUUGAUGUUGAGCAAGGUGGGUCUGUUAAUUUUUCCUCUGCACCUUCAAUGGGCUUACAACAAUCUACCAUGCCAGAAACAAUUAAGAAGAUGGAUAAGAGUGAGGUGGAUAAAAAACUUGCCAAGCACAUUAUUUUGAAUAAUAUUUCAUUUAAUAUGGUUCAGACUCAAUCUUUUAUUGAUUUUGUGAUAAGUGUUGUUGAAUUUGGGUCAACAUAUUACUCAACUUUACGCACAAAGCUAAUACCAGAUUCUAAGACAGAAGUAGAGGCAUACAUUGGGAAUGUGAAGAAAACUUGGGUUGCUACAGGUUGCACACUAAUGUCAGAUAUAUGGAGUGAUAUGAAGCAACGUGCCUUUAUUAACAUAAUUGCAUAUUCACCUGAUGGGGCAGUAUUUAUGAAUUCAUUUGAAAUUUCAAAGGAUAAAAAAAUAGGUGUUUAUCUAAAAGAUAUUAUGUCAUCAGUAAUUGAAGAUAUUGGACCUAAUCAUGUUGUACAGUUCAUUACUGAUAAUGCAUCAAAUUUUGAAUCAACUGGUGACAUGCUUAUUGGUAAUUACCCUUGUAUGUGUAAAACACGAUGUGCUGCUCAUGGGAUUCAACUACUAUUGAAAGAUAUUUAUUCUGAAGUUUUGUGGAUACAUGAUAUUAUUGAUAAUGCAAAAUUAAUUGUGACAUAUUUGUACAAGCACACUAUUAUUUUGUCAUUAAUGAGAGAUCACACAAAUCAUAAAGAACUCAAACAUCCUUGUGCAACUAGAUUUGCCUCCAAUUUUUUGAUGGUUCAAUCAAUUUUAGAAGUUGAAGAUGGAUUGCGAUUACUUGUGGCAUCUUCUGAAUGGAGGGGGUUGGAUUACAACAAAAGAGGGAUGGGACUAAAGGUUGCUAGUAUUAUUCAAAGUGUUGAGUUUUGGAGUAAAGAGAAAGAAAUAAUACAAACUCUGGAGCCUUUAGUUAGUGUUCUUCGUUUGGUUGAUGGAGAUGGUUCAACUGCAGGAUAUUUGUAUGAGGCGAUGGAAAGGGCAAAAGAAACUAUUAAACAACGUUGUUGUAUUAAUCAAGCUAAUUACAUGCAGAUAUGGGAGUUAUUUAAAAAACGGAGAAUUGAAAAUGUAAUCCACCCAAUACAUGCACCUGCUGCAUUUUUAAAUCCUGCCUUCAUGUGUAGUGAGGACUUCAGAGAAAAUCGUGAAAUGAAAGACGGUAUAGAUUUUAUGUUAGGAAAUUUUAUUAUUGAAGAAGAAAAGGAAGAUUUUAUUCGAGAACUACAAUUUUACCAUAUGAAGACCACAACUUUAUUCACAAAUACAACAAAGACAAUGUUGAAAACAUCUGAUCCUCGAGUUUGGUGGGAUUAUUGUGGGGAUUGUCUUCCUGUGCUACAAAAGUAUGUCAUUCGUAGAUUAAGUCAGCCUUGCAGUUCUUCUUCAUGUGAGCGAAAUUGGAGUGCUUGGGAAGCUGCGCAAAUAAAGAAAAGGAAUAGGUUGGCACCUAUAAUGUUGGACAAUCUUGUAUACGUAAGGAUGAACACAAUGAUGAUGUUAAAAUUCAAGACACUCGAAGCACAAGAUUUCGAGCCAAUUAAUCUUGACAAACUUAGUGACGAUCUUGAAUAUGUUGAUCAUGAAGAAUUGGAGGAUUAUUCCUUAGAGCCAACAGAUGACGUUUCUAGUGAUAUAGUCACCAAUAAUGAAGAUCUCUCUUGGUUAGAUGGUGUUAUCUAA